GACAAGGGGCCGUCGUCUCCCGGUAAAAAUCUCAAGUUCACGUUGACAUAUGAAGCCAGUUUAGUCAGCUGGGAGAUUUACGGUGAAAUACUGCGGGUGGACGGCUAGAAAGGGUAAAAUACAGGACUCCCCCGGCCAAAAAUGGAGACGGGUCGUGUCAAGCUAAACAAGAUGAAUGAACUGCUCUAAGGUAAAUUCUCGUAAAUACGUUCAGUUGUGUCAAGCAAAACUUAAUGAAUAAACGGCUCGGAGGUCAUUCUCGUAAAUACGUUCAGCGGUUUAAAGAGAAAUAAGACGAAUAAACGGCUCUGAGGUCAAUUCUCCGAGGUGGCUUUAAAAUUUCGCGGCAUGCGUCGGUCAUUGUGUUCGCGUCACAUGUAAACAUCCGGGGUCAAAGGACAGGCAAAAUGGCUGCCCAGUACGUCCGAAUUGUAUGCCUACUACUCGCUCGCAUACAUAAAUAACGUACUAAAUUGACGGUUGAGUAGUACGUUCUAAACGAAGCUAGUAUGUACUGACUAUUCGGAUGCAGCCCAGGUCUAUAUAUACAGUCUAUGUGGCGAACAUUUCGCGGUUGCGCCGCGGUGGCGUAUGGGAUGCAUAAAGAGUGAGGCCACUUGUACGUUGCUGCCAAUGCUGUAUCAUUGUAAACAUCGUAAAACAUUGCUAACUCGCUGUUUCUAACACUGUUUUUCACACAUCAUGGGACGAACCUGUUGUGUUGUUGGAUGUCACGUCCGUGCCUACGAUCGUCAGCAAGGACCUUGACAUCUGUUGUCACCCGGCACCCACUGGAAACAGAGGAGAGACCUUGAGAUUCUGCACAACAGAAAAGCAGCUGUCUUCCCUCUGGUCAGGAACACAGAGCUCCCGCUCUGGGGAACCCGAAGAAGCCUUCGGCUGAUAUAAAGCCAGUCUUUCUCUCGGGGUCCAUCCAGACAACAGGAACUUACGAAAGCAGGUCAAAACACCUUUGACAUGUGGCUGUCCCUGCUCCUGCUUCUGCCACUGGGUCUUGCCCCCAUUAGCACCACUCCCCUGGAAGAAAGCGAAGACGGCACCUUAAAGCCUCCCAGACAGGAAGUGGGUCAGAAGCCCAGGUCGGAGCACCCCGUGCCAGAUCAGUCGUCUGCUAUGCCUGCUGCUCUCGGCGAGCAUGUGGGGCUUUUGGGAGCUGGGGUGUUGAGAACAGAUGCUGAUGAUGCCCGUGGUCAGGGAGGAAGUAGAGGAAGUCAGGUGGAUGUCCUGAAAUCAAGCCUCAGCCAAGAUGAUGCUCAAAAGGGACAGGACUUGUUCACGCAGCCUCCAUUGAUCAACAGAAGGCCCGUCCCCUCCCUGCACAGUGGGGAAUCUGGGAAAGCUCCAUGUUUUGCUGCCAUUGCUGGAGGUUUAGGUAAUGGACUGAAAGAAGCCCUGUCUGCCCUGCAAGAUGGCUGGAGCAGGGAGAGUGAGUUGGGUAGAGACACCUUGACUCGGUUUGGGAUUUGCACUGGGAGUGAUGGCUCAGCUGAGGCAGGGCUCUCGUCUCUGGCCACACUGCUUGCAGACAGAGAUGGUGACAGUGUGGGCCCUUGGGCAACACAUCUGGAUAAAGAACUCUGGGUUCCUGGAGAGGAAACAGGAAGCGUUUCUUUGACCUUUGAAGUUCCUCCGGCCUUUGAAGAGAGGACACACCUCAGCACAGUGGCUCCCACGAUGCUGUUGUUCUUUGUUGCCUCCAAAAGAACAGAGAUCCUUGAAGUUACUUUCAGGAGCGAUAUGCUCUUUCCCAACAAACAGACUGCAUGCCUUUCGGUGGAAACUCAAUUCAUCGUGCUGACCAGAAGAGUCCCUGAAACAGUGAGUCCUAGACUGCAGACCAUACGAAUCACUGUUGAGUUGAAGCAGCCAAACAGCGGGCCAAAUCUGUCUUUGUCUGAAGUCCAAAACGUGCUAAUGAGACGUGGUAAAGAAGAAGAUGCCCUGAAGAGACCUCUGCUGGUCUUUCUUCCAAACAAGUCACCACAUGAGGAUAAGCCUGGGGGCAUUACCUCCAUUGAUCACAGAGCCCCAUCUCCAGUGCCGCCACCUUCCAGAACAUACCAGUUCUUGUGUGAGCUCCAGAGGUUCCUCAGUGACGUUCUCCCCAAGAAGCAGGCGCUGUCCUCACCUGACGGACGUGCCGUGACUCUCCCGCUGGCCUUGCUGAGCUCUAUGCCACCCCUGACCCUGGGCGAGUCCUCCAGUGAGGGCCUCCUGCUGGGGUUACUGAACUCCUCAACGCCUACCCUCUUCUCCUUUCCCCAGUGGAGCUCCGAUCUGCUCGGCCACCGCGUGGGGCUCUCUCUCCAGGCACCGCUGCUGUCCAUGCUUCGGGAGGGGCUGAAUGACGCGUGGGCCCAGUUUCGGCGCGAUGAGCUGGGAGCUGGGCAUUUGACUGACAGACUACAGAGGCUAAGUGAUCUUAGCGCCUUGCCAGCUGAAGGGGUGGAUCAAUCAGGUGAUGGGGAGUCCGGUGAGGUCCAGUACUGUGCCCUGCUGUUGCUCAAGGCCUUGCAGACUGUCCUGCGGGCCUGGGAGGCUGAGCGAUCACAGAGGUCAACUCGCGGAGCGGGUGAGGAGAAUCCAGGGAAGCACAACCCCUGUCGCCUGCAGAGCUUGACCAUCUCCGAGGCCUUCCGUCUGGAGCCUUCUGUGGCCACCAUCAACAACUGUCAGGGCGAGUGUGGCUUCCCUUUGCCCAAGGGCAACAAUCAUGCCAUCCUGAUUAACAGCAUGGUGCAAAAGGGGGGUUGGACUGGCCGCACCCCCUGCUGCGUGCCCAUAGAGUAUGGAGACCUGGUGGUCCUAGAGCUGGACAAGGAUGGCACCACCUUCUCUGUCAAGACAAAUAUGGUGGCCAAGGAAUGUGGCUGCCGCUGAACUCAUUCAAACUGAUGUUUGUGUUUCCGACCACAGACCACUAACAUGACAGUGCACAAAUAUACAGACUUGUGCAUGCUUUUUUUUCUUCUCACUACCAUUCUCACUACUGUAGUAGAAAUUUUGGAUUACUAACAAAUCGUAUGUGUUAGAAGUAAAUACUAAUUAACAUUUAUUACAUAGCUGAUUUAACAUUACAUUUUCAUAUAUUAUUUUUAUGCUUUUCUAUACAUUCAAUACUGUGCCUCAACUUUGCUUUGUCUGUCGUUUGCUCUCUCCAUGUCAUGACUUUCUAAUAAAGGUCAUGCGACCCCCUUUGUCACGAGCUAAGGGUAUUCUGCCUGAGGCAGUAAUAUUAGGAAGACCCUGACAGAGAACAUGCUACGACCAGAGAAUGCUGAGGGAUAUAUAUGUAUUAUAUUGACCUAUUAUCUUACUUACUUGGAUUGCCCACAUGACUUGCGUAUGGUGUGUGGAUCACAUGCUAUGUCCAAGAAGUGUUCAUGUAUUGUUGUAUUUUUGCAUGUAUGUGGAGUUUUGGGAAAGACCAUUGUACCCAUGUGAUUUCUAUUACCACAAUGUAACUAACCAUGUAUAAGAUGGGCCUUGCCCUAGAGAUCUUCGAACAGUGUUAUCAGAGCUAUGAUGUGGCUAGUGACCUGUUCCCGGUAUCGUCAAUAAACCUGCAGUGUUUUCUCA